GGCUGACUUGCAGGCCCUCCGCGGCUUUCUAGUAGAAUCUCCAAAAGCCCCUCUUCCUUUUCGCCGGAUCUUCUUGUGCACAUCAUCGCAUAUCCCAAAGCAGAAACGCAAAAGAAACCAGCAAUCCAAGCACGCGGCUGGUGCGAAGCAGCCAAGGACCAACGAAGCGGGAGGGAGUUGACGAUGGGGCAGUGCGGAUGCUUCGGGGCGGCGCAGAAGGAGCAGCGGGCGGAGGCCGACCGCCUCGAGGCGCAGGAGGCCCGCGCAAGGGCCGCCGAGGCCGCCCAGAAGAGGCAGCAGGAAUAUGAAAAGUCAGCUGCUGGACGAGCAGCACGAGCACAGAUUAAAGCUAUGAAGGAGGCCAAGACAUCAUCAAACCAAGGAGAGCCGGUUCUGAAGUGGCAGAUGGGGUAAAUCAUCAUAUGUGUCCUUGCAACCUUCAGCGUGGGCCCAAUAUGAGGAACAGAAGAGACCAGCUUCAUUUCCGCACACUUUUGUAAAGUCUGUAAUGAGAAGUGCUACUGCAGUGUUUGAUUUCGUGAACUAUCAGAAAGUAUGAAGUGAAAAUUGAUGACGGGGAUAUAAUUUAGAACAAAACUUCAAUUGUGACUUCUUACUGGCGUUUUGGCUCCCGGGAGCAUUUGCUCCCGGGUGAACAGUAACACGAAAAAAAAUAUUAUAUGUUUUCGAAAAAUUCUGAAAUUUUUUGUAGAUGAUUGUAUUAGUGUUGCAAACAUGCAUGACAAUUUUCAUGCGAAACGGAGCUGCGGUGUUUCGUCGGCAAAAAAACAAACAAAUUUGGGGUAACUUUUGGUGUUCGAUUUGUUAUUUUUGUACAAGCCAAAAUGUUUAAUAUUUUUGCCUCAAAAUUUGCAGGUAGCAUUUGGAUGUGACUAAGUACACAAACAAAUUUUGUCUUGAUUUUUUUUCAUUUCAACAAUUUUUUUUGGCCACGGGAGCCAAAUUGACUUUCCGCUUCUUAUUGUUUUAUUCUAUGAUCACCAUAGUUCUACUCUGGUGCACGUUAUUU